ACAAAACUUAUAUAUCCCCGGAACUAACUAUUUUCACGUUAUCCUUUCAUAAAUCAUGGAGCCAAAUAACAGCAAUGAUCUACCGCCUGACUUGGUUGACAUUCUUUUACAAUUUUCAAUAGCUGUACUUAAGGCGAAACCAGCUAAUAUCAUCACAUUUGGAGCCCAAUAUUUCACUGAAUUAUCGAAUACACAAAAUAAACCUACCGUGCAUAAGACUGUAAUGAUUAAAAAUGUUACACCGACAAGUAAAGUUGCCAAUGUUGGAUUUAAACCACAACAACAAAGUGAAGUCAGUGAGACAGAUAGCGUCUUCAGCUUUGAUAUUCAAGAUUUAAGUACACAUAAAUCGUUAAAAUCUCGUCGACCUAGUGUUGCUGCUGAACGUUACAAUCCGGAAGAUGAUGACGAGGAGGAUGACGAACAGGAGGCGGAUGAAGCAAUGGUGAAAUCGGACGAACAAAAAAUUAUGCUCUUAGAUGUAUGCAAAAAGAAUGCCAUCUUCGCGUCUAGAGAUGAUGAAACCCUAUUGAAAAUCAUUGAUGUUAUGAAGUGUAGACCAGUGGAAUCCGGGGAAACAAUCAUUGAACAAGACGAUGAUGGAGAUAAUUUCUAUGUUAUUGAAAGUGGAAUUUAUGAUGCGCUAAAAAGUGAUAUCUAUGGGGGAGAAACUUGCGUGUAUACCUAUAAUAAUGAAGGUUCAUUUGGUGAAUUAGCCCUAAUUUAUAAUGCACCGAGAUCGGCCUCGGUGAUUGCAAGAACUAGUGGAAAACUUUGGUAUAUCACCAGAAGACAUUUUCAAAAACUUAUUUUAUCGUAUGCAUCAAAACAACGUUUUAAAUUCCUUGAUCUUUUACACUCGGUUAAAAUGUUUCAUGAAUUGAGUCCAGAUGAAAGAAUGAACAUCGCAGAUGCUUUACGUACACGAAAAUAUACAGAUAAUGAGUGUAUUAUUAGACAAGGGGAUCCUGGUUAUGAAAUCUACUUUAUCAUGGAAGGGAAUGUUAUUGUUAAGCGAGAGGAUGAGAAUGGUGUGGAAUCUGUGAUGUGUGAAUUAGGUAAAGGCAGCUAUUUUGGCGAACUUGCUUUACUGGUUAGAAAACCAAGAGCAGCAUCUGUCUAUGCACGUGGUAAUGUGACAACAGCUUACUUAGAUGUGGAUAGUUUUGAAAGGCUACUUGGUCCUUGUGUUCAUAUUAUGCGUCGUAAUACAACCACUUAUGGAAGUUACGCAAAGCUUUUAGACAAUGAAAGUAUCACUGAUAUCUGAUUUGACAGCUGAUGAAACACAGUUGAGCUGAAAUC